AUGUCGUAUACACAGCAAAUUAUUGUAAAAGUUUAUUACAAUGAUCGCAAUGAAAAACAUCCUGAAAUUCGUCGAUUUUGUUUGACCAUUUCAUCGGAUAACGAUAUGUAUGAAGCAUUGGAAACUAAAAUUUCACAAUUCAAUACUGACUAUCCUCAAGGACAAUUUAUAUUACAAUAUAUCGAUGAAGAUAAUGAUCGUAUUACAUUUUCAUCGAACGCUGAAUUACAAUCAGCAUUGAAAAACUAUUCUAUCGAUGGUAUGAUCAAAAUUUUCGUCCAACCAAAAUCAAAAACACACGAACAAGCAAGUGAAAAUACUACAAUUCAUAUUGGUGUUGUCUGUGAUGGAUGCCAAGGUCCUGUUAUUGGUAAUCGUUACAAAUGUUUGGAAUGUUUCAAUUAUGAUCUUUGUCAAACUUGUUCGAAUAAAAAUCUUCAUUCCAAACAUAAUAUGCUGAAAUUAACCCGAGGUUUUCAACAUGAUCGGGGUGGACGUGUACGCCAUUGUAGACAUCAUUUUAUGCCAGAACAAUGUCGACCUUCUAACUUUGGUGCGCCACGAGUAAUGAGUGAUUUUCUCAAUAUAUUCAAAGGAAAAGAAUUAUCAGAAUUGAUUGAAACUCAUGUACCCGAAUGUUUACACAGAGAAGCAUUCAAGGAUUUUGUAAAUCAAUUGAAAACUGAUAAACCUGUGAAUGAAAUGAUUUCACUUGAUAAUGUUGGUAGAGCUGUCCGUGAAGUUCUCACAUCGUUCGGUAUUAAAUGUGAUUGUGCCGUUGGCAAACAAAAAGAAGAAUCAAAAUCCAACAAGAAAAACGAAGAAGUACCAAUAACAACAGCAAAAGAAAAUGAGCCAAUAACAACAACUUCGACUGCUUCUCCACCAUUAAAUGAUUUAAUGGAACAGCUUCAAACUAUAUUUGCUCCGAUGUUUCGACAUCCAACACCUACGGCAGCUGAAGAUCAAACACAGAUUGAAAAAUGUGUUGAGCUCAUGACAUCGAUGGGUUUUGUCGAUUCCAAUGGUGUACUGACUGAAUUGGCUAAGUCGAAAAAAGGCGAUCUCGAACAAGUACUCGAUGCUUUGAAUCCUCGAAAUUACAAAAAUUAA